CAUAAACUCACAAGCCUCUGUGAAUCUCUCACUCACCACAACACAAAAUUAGGGUUUCACUGUGAGAGGCGAGAGCGAGAGAGAACGAUGGAGCAAGUUCAGUGUUUCGGCCGCAAGAAAAACGCGGUGGCGGUGACCUACUGCAAGCGCGGCCGUGGCUUGAUCAAGAUCAACGGCUCCCCAAUCGAGCUUAUCGAACCGGAGAUUCUCCGAUUCAAGGCCUUCGAGCCCAUCCUCCUCUUGGGGAAGAGCCGCUUCGCCGGCGUCGACAUGCGCAUCCGCGUCAAGGGCGGAGGACACACCUCGCAGAUUUACGCCAUUCGUCAGAGCAUUGCGAAGGCGCUUGUUGCUUUCUACCAGAAGUAUGUUGAUGAACAGAGCAAGAAGGAGAUCAAGGAUAUUCUGAUCCGUUACGAUAGGACCUUGCUUGUUGCUGAUCCUAGGCGCUGUGAGCCGAAGAAGUUUGGUGGUCGUGGUGCUCGCUCCAGGUUCCAGAAGUCUUACCGUUGAAGAAGAAGAAACAGAGGAGGGAAGUGUUUUUUUUGGUGGUUUGUUUCAGAUUUCGGUUCAUGUUUUGUGCUGUGGAAAACUUUUGUUCUUCAUGCGUAGUUUUGUUUUGAUUAUCAGAUAUUGUGUUAUUUUAAAGGAUUUUGUUAUUUAGAUAUUGAUGCAAGGAUCACAUUAAUCUAGUUUUUAGUUUUAUUA